AUGCCCCAUUUUGCUCCGCGUGCGAUUGCGGUAGCCUCUGCGGCUGCUGUUACGAUUCCAACCGCCAUAUUACUUUUACGUCUCGCAAGGUCCCGGAAGAGACAGCAAGAGCCACCCUUUGACGACGUGCCGGUCCCCCAGUGGACUGUACAUCAGGUGGCGCAGUGGCUUCGCUCGCUCGGCGUAUCUGAAGAGGCAGUAAAUAAUUUUCGCAAAAAUGAUGUGGAUGCGUCGGUGCUUUUUCUUUUGGAGGAGGGGGAUAACGUCAACAAAUUGGCACCCAAGAUGCGCGACCAGCUUCUUAUUCGGCGUGGGCUUCGCGAACUGCAGGCUCAAACAACGCGUGAGGAGCAUGAGGUAAAAUCCGUUUCUGCGCCAGGAGAGGGCAGAUAUGAGGCUGAAGCAGAUCGUGUUAUGGACUUCUUAAAAAGGCUCACUGCAAUUGGCAGUUUACUCACUUCAAGUGAGUUUAACAAUGCUUCACCUGACAUGCAGCGAAGGCAGCGGCAGGAGUGCCUGGAGUGGAUGCAGGGUUUUUUGGGAGAGGUGCAAAAGUUUUCACCAGAACAUCAGGCUAAAUUAAUGCCUUUUGCAAAAAAGGUGGAAACCCUUAUUAUUCAUUCCCAGGGGAGUGGUGCUACAAGGGCCUCAGCAGAGCCCAGCGACUUGGAGACACAGCUGAAGACAUUGCACGAGAUGGUCGACAGCUUUUUACGAGUGCUUGACUCCACCAACAUGCGUGUGAUAUCUGACCCUCAGGUGGUGUUGCUGCGCGAGAGAGUUCAGUCUCAGAUCAAUGAUAUUCUGGCUGUUACACGUCGCUUGCCGCCACAGUAUGGCGAGCCACUACGGAAGAAGUGCGAGUUGGUCCUGCAGAAGCUUCAGGGAGGAGGUUCGGCGGAAGAAGAGACGACAACGGCGGUGGAGGCCACCCAGGCUGCCUCAGCAUCGCAAGCGGUGUUGCUGGCGCCCAUGGUAAAGCGACUACGGGACGUUUUCACAUCUCUCAAGUCAUCCCAUUUAAUAAGUCUGGAACCCGCAGAGCGUUUGUUUCGCAUCUCCGAAAUGUUGAAGGAUGUGCGAAACAUUCAACAAGAGGCAGCCACGUGGAGUGAUCCCCGUGCGAUUGAAGUCGUCAAUCAGGUGUCAGGGAACAUCGUUACGGUGCUGGAGCAAAUGGAAGCACUUACACAGGAGGAAGUGGCGUCGGUACGUGCAGGGACCACUGAAGAAGGUGACGAGAAUGGGAGUGCCCAGACAAGUCUUCAGGGGAUUGUUGCUAUGCUUCAGGCCCUUAUUCAAGUCCUCUACUCGGAUGACUUGGCCCGUGCUGCCCCUGCGGUACGACAGCAAAUGUUGUCUCAGCUGCAGCAGAGUAUGCGGCGCUUGCGUCAGCAGGUUGCAGGCCUCCCGUUAAACCAAGCCACAGCGUCUGUGGCAGAAAUGAUUGAAAAGGGCAAUGCAUAUGUGAAUGCACUCGUGGAGAGUGACCGAGGCGCCAAUAUAGAGUUGGAGGAAAACCAGGGCAACGAGAAGGAGGAAGUAAAAAAUAUUCCUCGAGAAGUUGAAGUAAACAGGGAAAUGCCUUUAUACUCCUCGGAGGUAAACCCACUGGAUAUGGAGUGGCAAGGCAGUGCCAUAGACGAUGCGCUACUGGAAUUGGAGAAACUGUUUGAAUACAUUAAUUCGAACGAGUAUAAGACGAUGCCCCCUGGAAAGAAGAGUGAGGUGGCACGGCAGAAUUUGGCUCGCCUCAUCGAUAUUGAGAAGCGUUGCGCGCAGUGUGAGGGUUUUGAUCAGCUGAAGGAACUUAUUGAGCCCUUGAAGGAAAUUGUACAGAGUGCAGUGAGAAGGGAGGAGGAGUCAGCCGCACCAGGGCGCACACCACUUUUUCUCAACAUUUCUACCCAUCUCAGGCAAAUGGGUGAUCUCAUUAACUCUGAUGAGUUUAAGAGGGCUGAUAUAAACUCGAAGAAAAGUGCCGCGAGAUCCAUUAUCCCGCAGUUGCAGAAAAUUGCUUCCACGUUGUCUCUCCUUCCUUCCCAGGAACGCGCUGCGGCGGAGCGACUCUUGUCACCUAUCAAUGAGACAUUGAAGGGUAUCGCCGCGAAACGUGAAGAGGACUCCUCAGAGGAUGUUGCUGGCCCCCAACAUGUGAUGUCACAGAUGGAAGAGGUGUUAUCCAUUUUGCAGUCCGAGGGGUUUCAAACCACAACCGAGCAUCAGCGACAAGUUAUUGUUAGGCGAUUGUUGCAAAAGAUGACCGAACUGAAGGAGGAGUGUGCGCAAGAAGGCGGAGCAGCGACUCCACUGCUGCCCAUUCUUCAUCGUCUCACAGCACAACUCCAAUCGUUUGUUCAGACUGGAGGACCUGUAAGAGCUACUGGGGCACAAGCUCACGGCGAAACCACGGCUGACGCUGUAAAUGAAAAAGACGAAGAUGACGGUAAUGACGCGGGCGAAGAUGAUGAUGCUCAGGAUGAAGAAGCAGCAGAGGAAGUACCCGUGACAAAUGGAGUGGCAAGAAGGGAGGACAUUGCGGAGGAGCGACAAAAACUUUUUAAGGCGGUGAUAGACAUCACGUCAGAGCUGCGCAACAGCAACAAUAACCAUGUUGUACUCUCCGUAGAAGAGGUGCAGCCUCUCCUUGGGCUUUUGGAGAUGGUCGACUCUGUUGGAUUUAUCACAGUGCAGGAAAGACGCCUUCGGGACGAGUUUGACGCCCAGAUACGGCGUGCCUCAGGAGAGAGCAAUCGCGCGGGUGAGACGAACCACCUGACCCUUCGGGAACUCAUCCGCAUUUUUUCGUUGCUAAAAAACCGACUCUCCACAUCGCCUCCGUCGUCGAUUGAAGAAAUGGCUUCCGCCAUGACAACGGCGGAGGACGCGCUGCGCGAGGCUGGCCAGCAAAAUAUACCAUGGCGUCGUUAUCCACAGGUUGUGAAUCUGAUUGGGGAUGUUCUCACCCUUAUUCAACAAAUACAGUCCACAAUGAGAGAGAACCUCCCCAUCGCGGAGGGGAACACACCUAAUGAGACCGCGGAAGAGCCACGUGAAGGUUUUUCUGAGUCUGAGGAUGCGGUUCAAACUGGCGCGAAUGUGGCGUCACAAACAGAGGAUAGGAAAGACAAUACUCCCUGUGAUGCAUCGGGGGGGUCCCAAGACCCUCAGACUGCCGCUCGCGAUUCGUCACGGGUACCGUAUGUAAAUCGUCAGGCAGAAGAAGAAGGAGCUGCAGAGACGGAUGAAAACAAUAUUGCCCGAUUACUGUUGGAGAUCUCAGAGCAAUUGAGGGAACCUUCAGUCCCAGAGGGGCUGCUUGACCGCUACUCUAUGUUAUUGAGCUUCAUUGAGGGUUCAUCCACAGAACCCUCUAUUCAUGAGGCGAUUGCAUCCAUACGGGAACAAAUAAAUUUACAACGCAUUUCAAAUUGUGACACCACCUCUGAGGAGCCCAAUUCCGCUGAGGAAAAUGAGGAGGAGGUGCAAGAGGAGGAGGACGAAGAAGAAGGAGAAAUGAGGGCUGAAUCCGAAGAGGCGAUGUCAGGAGGAUCACCGACCCCAACUAGGGACACGGAAGAGGUGAAGGCUGCGGAGGCACUCAAGGAGCCCUCCUCUCAAGAAGAGGCUCUGGCAGCGCAGUCUAUUGACGUGGAGCAGGCCAUGGGCAAGCAAACAGGGGGAACGGUGUCAAGAGAUAACACGUCUGGAUUUCUUUUGAGUCACCUUUCAAGAGAUUGCGUUCCUGGAGGAGCAAGGAAUGAGCUUUUGCUAUUGCCGCGAAUUGAAAAAAGGAUUUUUGCGGAGGAACAACAUUUCAUUGAACACACGACACUAAGUGAUAUUCAAAACGUCAGUAAGGUGAUUCUCCAUCUUGAGAAAAACACGGCGGUAAAGGGCGACCCAUUGCUGAGUGAUCGUGUGAAACGCGUGAAAAAAGCCUUUGCAAGACAAUUAGAGGCUUUUCAUGGAAGUGGGCAACAGUCUAUUGCAGUUUGCUCCUCAUUACAGCUUUGUUGUAGAGACACAGUCAUGUCAGGUGAGGAUGUUCGUGAGUUUGUCAUAUGCACAGCUGCGGAAGCGGAUGCAUUUGGGGGGACAAUCAACAAUAAGGAGCUGGUAAAGUCUCUAACAGAGGGGACGCCGGUGCAAACUACAGUUCCCAGUGAAGUUGUCAAGGAGUGGGCCGGGAGAAGCAUAGCGGUUCUCUUCUGCGAAUAUGGGGUCAUGAGUGGAACAGAGCUGAGUGAACUUGUGUUGCUGCGCGAGGUACUCGUGAAUCGCUACGGGUUUGAGGUGAUCACUGUGACGGAGUCUAAUGCAACACAAAUGCGCAGCCUACUGGGGGAACUGGUUUCCUUGGGAACGAGGCGACUGUUUCUAUUCUGUCUAACGCAGUAUGAUACAACACCGUUGCCAUUUACCGUUAUUUUCCAGGACAGCUCGUUUCUUCCUUUACGUGAGGCGCUGCAGCUGUCAUUGGCCAUUGAGCGUGUUGUGUUGCUGCACUGUCAACCUAUGAAACUUACCACCGUGUCUGCUUUAAAUGGAUGCUGUGGUAAAUUUCUUUCAGUAGAGCUCACGGAAGCCGCGCGGGACGACGUACAAGCGCGGCGCUGCUGGCUCUUUGAUGGCCUGCUCACUCCCGCUCUAACAGAGCUUCUCUCCCUUGAUACCAAGGCCAUGCUAUGCCCAGAGGACCUUGCCACUUACACCGUUACGGCGUUAUCUUCCUUUAAGAUGAACUUUGGAAGCUUUACUGAAGGCGAACCAUUAGGUAUGGGUUUUUUUGUUCCCUGUGACGCUGCAGAUUAG